UCAGUUGUCAUUCGUUUUCAGCUUUUCUAUUGAUUUCAAAUCAAACAAAUUGACGAAAUGGAAAAAUGGAAAGGAAAAAAUGCUUUCAUCGCGGGUGCAAAUUCUGGAAUCGGAGCUGGUAUGACUAAACGAUUUUUGGAAGCUGGAAUCAGGGUGUACGCGCUAGAUAAAGACAUCGUUAAUCUCUUCGAGAUGAAAAACGGCGAAUAUGGCGAAAAUUUGACUAUUUUGCAAGCGAAUGUGGUGAAAGAAGAAGAAAUCGAACGUGCUGCAAAAUGGUUGUCAGAAAAUGUCGAUGAAAUACACAUCGUAAUUUAUUCUGUCGGUGUGAUUGGAAGUAGAUCGUUAACAGAAGGAGAUUUUAUCGAAUGGCAGAACAUAAUGAAUGUAAAUUUAGUUGGUUUAUGCAUUUGCAUGAAAGCCAUUACAAAUUUGAUGCUGAAACAGAAUGUCCAAAACGGACAAAUUGUUAUAUUGAGCAGGUAAAUAAGGUAUAAUCAAGUGUUCAGAUUUGAAAAGGUUGGGUCAUGGGUGCAUAAUCAAGGUUAUUCCUUGGUUGUAUAUUUAAAUUUUUUAACUAGUUCAGCGGCGAUAGAAACGUUAUACUUGAAAGAAUUCCACUUUUAUGGUGCUAUCAAAAACGCGUGCGCUGCUGUAGCUCGAGGAUUACAGCACGAGAUAAAAGAACGAAAUAGUUCGAUUAAAGUGACGACUCUUUAUCCGGGAUUCACCAACACAAAGAUUAUCGAAAAUUCAUUGAAUUUGGGUGCACAAAAGAUGAUGCAGGAUUCAUUGAAUUUGGUAGAUGAUCCAUCUGGUACUAGCUUUUUUGUGCGUUUAUCUGUGGAUGAUAUCGUAGCAGCGGUUGAUUAUGUACUUUCCACAAAAUCAAACGUUUCAGUGAGUGUGAUUCUAUUUUUUUUAAAUUAUAAUUUAAUAUGUGUGAUUGAAAUUUUGAUACAGAUAUGCUCAUAAAACAAUUUUAAGGGAAACUUAAGUUAAAAAGGCUACCUAAAUUACAAGUUGAUGAUCACAUUAAAAAUUUGUAUGGAUUUGGACAUUGGUCAGCAAACCCUUGUUCAAACUUUUGGUAAAGCUUUGGUGAAUGUGAAAAUUGAUAGUGUUAAGCUGUGUCUACUGAGGUGUUAAUACUUAACUGUGCCUGAUCAUGUUCAACCUGUUGAUUUUAUAAUUGAUAAAAAUCGGAUCGAUGACCCUCAGUGUGAUUACGGUUAAAGUAGAUGACAAAUUGGUAAGGUUCAUACCUAGAGAAAAAUUCCCAUUUUCAAUUGAGAAAUUUGAGAGGGACAAAACUAAAAGUGUAAUUGAGGCAUAGCAGAUGAUUUGGGUAUGGGUAAGGUGAAGUACCACUUGUGGUGUUAAUUUUUUCAAAGCUUUCUAUGGGCUGCUUGAUAGAAAUUUAACAUUCUGAACAACAUACUUGGGUAGAUACUUGAAAUCAAUUUGUAAAAAUAUUAUCUUGGCGAAGAUUUUAGAAAAACUUCUAAUUACUAAUAUCCGCAACCAGGCAUAGUUGCGGAUAACGCGACUGCUCUGAAUAGUAUACCUACUAGACAAAAUUGAAACUGAAAGUUCUCGAAUAUAUGCAGAGGUGAUAUUUCAUCUUAAUGCCAUCCAAAAACCUCCGCAAUUAUGAAAGAUUACGUAGGUAUUUGACUUGUUGUUUUUUUUUUUUUUUUUUCAUUAUUGAAAAUUACCGGCUAGAAAACUUUUAAAAACAUUAAUUUCCAUCAUUUAAAACUUCAAUACGUUUAUACGUACAUAGGUAGGUAUAUACUUCAUGGGUAGAUCUUCAAGUUUUUAUGAAUGCAAGACACAAGGAAUUGAAGGAUGCCCGUUUUGUUACAGAAACUACCUACCUCUCCUUAUGCAAAUCCUGUGCAUUUAGUAGGUACAUAGAUUUAAAAACUAUAUAGAGGGAACUGUCAACUGUCUAGUCAAUGAUUAUAGAAAUUAAAUGCUCAAAUAUUAAAAUUAACUUUAAUAUUGCCUUUAGUUGCCGAUUUAUUGGAGGAUGUCAGGGCUUCAAACCUGAACGUUUUCAGGUACCCUGUGGUCACGUUUGGCACUUUAGUGCCAGUAUUUAACAUUGCGUCAAAUUGAGACUUGGACGCAAUGCCAAUUUUUAGUGCCAGUGUCAUAGUGUCAGAGUGCCAGUUGAGAACUGAUGUUGCCAAUUCAAGUACUUUUUUGCAGCAGUGUUGCCUGGGUAGAGGAGUUGUUGCGUGUAGUGAUCUUCAUUUUCCUGUUUUGCCACCUUUUUCCAAUGAAAUUUUUCGGUUCUGGCUCAUCGACCUUUUAUUCACCUCAUCUGGACCGCGAAUCCAAGGGUUCAUUUUGAUGCAAACCUCCCAAAUCGAGUUUGUAAAGAAUGCCUCUGCGCAUUGCGCGAACUCAUCUCUUACCUUACCCCACUC